UUUUGGCAGUUUCAUUUCAUUAGUCAAGCAAGAGAAUCAUGAAGAUAUUUGUUGUUAACUUGUUAUUAUUUUUUGUAAACCUUUCAAAUGCUUGCACUCCAACAUUAACAACAGUUAGUGGAUCUAAAGCACCACCAGCUGGUUUCUGCUCAGGAGAUUUAAUAUUUGAGGAAAAUUUUGAUAAUUUAGAUCAAUCAAAAUGGCGUCACGAGAUUACAAUGGCUGGUGGUGGAAACUUUGAAUUCCAAUGGUAUGUUAAUGAUCGGUUCAAUUCAUACACUCUUGGUGGUAAUCUUCACCUUAAGCCGACAUUUACGUCAGACAUUUUCGGGGAAGAGUUUUUAACAAGUGGACGUGUUGUUAUUCCACCGUACGAGUGCACUGAAUGGUAUAACAACGGAUGCGAUAGACAAGGUACACCUGACAAUAUUAUCAACCCGAUAAGAAGUGCACGAAUCGAUACCCAAAAUUCAUUUUCGUUUAAAUUUGGAACACUUGAGUUUCGUGCAAAAAUGCCUGCUGGCGAUUGGCUAUGGCCGGCACUUUGGAUGAUGCCAAAAGAGAGUGUUUAUGGUGGUUGGCCGCGGUCUGGUGAGAUUGACGUCAUGGAGAUGCGGGGCAACCGAGCAUUGUUUGCUGAUUACGGUCAGGGAGGUCAUGUUGGAAAUGAACAAGCUUCUUGCACGAUUCACUUCGGUCCGUCAGUUACUGUCAAAAAUCAUUGGCCUAAAGCGCACUUUGCAAAGAAUCAAAAUGUUGGAUGGAACGAGAAUUUCCACUUAUAUAGAGUAACUUGGAGCCCAACACAAAUUCGUUUCUUAAUUGAUUGGGAUCUGGUUGGGACAAUUGAACCGAGUGAAGGUUUUUGGAAGUACGGAAAUUUUGAAAGUUCGGGAUUAUCAAACCCUUGGUCAGGAGGUACGAAUAUGGCACCAUUUGACCAGGAAUUCUUCAUCAUCAUCAAUCUUGCUGUCGGUGGUACAAACUUCUUUGACGAUUCAUUUGUUAAUCGCGAUUAUCCAAAACCUUGGUUGAAUUCAUCACCACGAGCUGCAGCUGACUUCUGGGAAGGGAGAAGUAAAUGGGAACCAACGUGGAAUCGAUAUAAUGAUGAUUCACAUCUUCAAGUCGAUUAUGUUCGAGUUUGGGCUAUGUAAAUUUAACAUGAAAAGUGAAAAUAAAUUUCCAACUGGGUUGAAACUUUCCUGAAAAGUAUUUUCAAGCCUUUUUUUCUGACAGCUUUCAUCCAUUGACAGACAUAAUAAACGAAAUGCAGUUUAUAUUUUUAUAUUUUUUUUGGAAAGUUGAAAUCAUUUUCAGCAUUCACG